AUGAAGGACGUGGUAGACUUUGUGGAGGAGCAUUAUCAGAGGUUCCGAAAGGAUGUACCAGAAACCAAUCGGAGCUCCUUUAAAUUCCUUGUUCUUGGUUCAUACCCUGCACACAUUAGGAUGAUGCAGAGGAAUAUGCAAAAUCCCAUCCCAUACAAUGACAUUGACAUUUUUCACAAGGACAUUGACUUUGCCAGGUACAUUGCAGGCAAGCCAUUCAAGCCUCUCAGCACGGAACAAGGACGCAAGGAACUGAAGGCAGUGCAGUACGUCCGCUUCCAACCCCACAUGGAUAUCAACUAUGUUUGCUUGAGCUCUACAGCCGACCUGCAAGCACGUGUUCAUGAAUCAGAUAUCAACGCAGUUGCCAUCGGUGUACUGGUGACCUUGAACUGGAUCACAUGGCAGCGUAAAGGUCGUUUGAUUGAAUCAGCACCAUUCACGCAAUUCUUGCAGACGCAAACUUUGGCGAUGUGUGAUUUCAGAUCUCUUGUCAAGCCAAAGAAUGCCCUAGCAAGCUUGGUGCGGUUGCUGCACAAAGCGCAACAGUCAAAUCUCAGGGUUCUGCGACCAUCAGACGUUGACAUUGUCAACAUGUGCCAUGGUCGCGCAAUUGGACCUGAGCAUGUGCAGAUGUAUGGCAAGUUGCAAGACACAUACAAACAGUGUAUCAAUCAUCUCUUCUUCUUCAAAACAGAGACCGACGAAAAGACACGCACCAACAGGUGCAGAUUCUUUUCGCGUAAAGCAGCACCGCCAGACGUAGACGAUUCACGCACCUUAUCAACCUGUCAGCUUGCUUUAUCCUCGACAGUUCACGACCAGGUUGAAGGAACUUGCUAUGCCCAUGCUGUUGCGACAGCUGUGCGCGCCACGGAGAAGCGCAUAGUUGGCAGGGUCCCUAUGUCGCAUGACCAGAUUGUGCAGCAGAUUGUCGCAAAGCAUGGCACUAAGGGUGCGAACAUGUUCAGAGUGUUACAGGAGGAGUGCGCGGAGCGGCAGUUGGGGAGGGCAUGCAGUGUGCGAGGUCUGAUUUAUCAUGAUGGCAUCCCCUGCAUUGAGCUGAAGAACUCCUGGGGUUCAAAUUUCGCUGAUGGAGGCAACUUCAAAGUGGGACUCGAUGUGGUGCGCGAUCCUCGAUUCAACUUCCAGUUGUUCGAUGUCUUCUUCCGUGUUCAAGACCUACUCAAGGAAGACCUUCGGAGGUUUGAAGAAGAGGAGGAGCGUAUUCGAAAGAUGAAGACUCAAAUGCUUAUCAAGGCUUAUUGA